UUUUAGUUGUUUACAACGCAAAAGCGAGCAUUUGCGUGCGGCAUUAUCUUUGGUAAGAUGGGACACUCGUGCUGUGUGAAAGGCUGUCAUACUAAGUCACAUGGUAGAAAUGGCAGACACGACAACAUGAAUUUUUUUCGGUUUCCUGCUUGGAAAAGAGGAUAUGGACAGCAGGUAGAGGAGGUGCGGAUCUGCAUCAUGGGCCGCAAGCCCCAGCUCUGCCCCCUGUGCGCCGUCUUUCGCUUUAAUAUCACCGUCCACCUCCGUGAUUUCCAUAAGGUGGACAGUAAGACAGAGAGGAGGCUCAUCAAUUCAGUGUCAUCGGGCAGGUUUGCUGGGCCGAUCAAUUGCCCAUUGGCCAACUGCUUAGCCACAAACCUUUCCCGCGUUGACCGACACUUGAGGGUGUACCACCGGCUGGAGGGAGAUGAGCUGAAGCGGCAGAUCACGGCUGCCAAAAAGAACGCGGCACGUCAGUCGUUGCAGGAAUUCAAAAGUCAACCCAAGGCUGAACCGGACGAAAUGAAAGACCUGCAGCGGCGUGUUGCAAAGCUAGAGGAGCAACUAGCGCAUUUCUCCAGUCAUCCAUCUUCAGCUGUGUUGCAGGCAUUCCACAAGCUGCUCUUCUCUGAUUCGGUACUGGCCAAGUAUAGGGAGAGCAUGUUCCGGGUCGGCGCCUCGUCAAAAUACAGGCAAAACCAAAAGCAAGAAUUGAUGUAUAUUACAAAUUUUGUCAACUUUAUGUGGGACAAUCCACAGUCCCCAGCAGAUGCCCAUUUAAAAUAUCUAUUGGACAUGUCCAAAGUCAAUGCCUGGCUGUCCAGUCUAAAUCAAAAAUUAAAGUUUAGCGCAGUGAAGAAUUACAUUCUGGCUGUGACAAAAUUUUGCCGCUUCUUGUUGCACGCCCAGCUCUCCUGUGUCCAGCUGGGGCGAAGACAGAUUACCAGCCUCUUGCGGCACUUCAAAUGCCAACUGAAAAUAUUGAGCAGGAGAGUGAUCAGGCAUAGGCAGCAGGUCAAAGACCGGAAGAUGCAGAGGAUGGCGAUCACCCGAAGGCGACGGAUAGCUGCUGCAUUUCUCUCCUCCUCUGAGGAGGAGGAGAUUGAGACAGAGAAAGGCCACUCUGGCGAAGGUACGAGUGGUGCUUUCAGUGGUGGUGACACUGGGGAGAGUCAGGCGUCCGUGGCUGAAACCAGCGGAGUGCAGGUGCUACCCCAAACACCUGUGACAGAAGCUGACAGUGUUGUGAUGGCUGAUGAGCUGGGGGCAGAUGAGGGAAAAGAAUUUACUGAGGAGGUGGAGUUCAAGUUGCUCUUGGACGAGGACGAGGACGAGGUGAAGGAGGAGGAUGAGGUUGUGAAGGAGGAUGAGGUGAAGGAGGUGGUGGUGGAGGAGGAGCAGGUGGAGGAGGAGCAGAUGGUGGAGGAGGAGCAGGUGAAGGAGGAGGAGCAGGUGAAGGAGGAGGAGCAGGUGAAGGAGGUGGAGCAGGUAAAAGAGGAGGAGCAAGUGAAGGAGGAGGAGCAGGAAUGCGAAGUAAGUUUCACCAGUUAAUUAUUUUGGGAAUUGAAGCAUUAUAAUAUUUGUGAACAGAAAUGUAUAUGCAGGUGUGAAACUGAAAACGCAUCUUUUUCUUUCUCACAGUCGCCUUGUCGUCUACCAAAGUCAGUACCACGUUCUCAGACACGGCUCCGUAGACGGAAACUGACAUAUCCCAACACCUUCAAGGACAUGAUGAAAGAUAAAUUCCAGCCAUAUUGGGGAAGUCCAAUAAAAACAGCCGUGAUCCACAGAGUCCUGGCUGAGUCUCCCGGUCUUUUGCAAACGUGCAAGGACAUGAGUUUGACAAUUCACAAUGUUAGGGGCCUGUUAAAGCAACUCCAACAAGAAUGAAGAGGAUGUCAGUCCUGCACAUCUCAUUUAAGUUUGCUCAUUUUAUUUAUUCUGUCCGCUUUGCGCAAUAUGUAUAUAUAUUUAUUUUCAUUUUAGAAGUGCUCUCUUUUCAUUUGGUAGGUGUCGGUUAUUUUUUGCAUCCGGUUAUUUCAGAGCUCCUACACUCUAUUUGGUUUAUUAAAAAAUAAAUGUUUGUUUUAGUUGCUGGGAGGUCAUUUGUUUUUAAACAUAUGUGCACUUUAUUUGCCCCACAAAUAAAAAGGUUUUUUGUCUCA